AUGGCUAUUAGACUAGAGGAUAAGUCUUUGGAGUCUGGAAGAAAGUGCUCUGGGUUGAAGAGACACUGGAAGUUGUUGGCUGCGUUGGGUUCGGUACUAGCAUUAGGUACUAUUCUCACUGGUGAGACUUCAACAAAUUCGCUCGCUGAAAAGAGUUCUAGAUGUGGCAAGGUUGAACCUCUUGUGCCAAAUUUCAAUCGCUCGCUUGAUUUGAUCUUACACGACCCUGAAUUUAAGAAGUUCUCUAUCGAGAAGCUUUCAAAGGCUAUUCAGAUUCCUACUGAAAUUAAGGAUGUCAAUCCACAACCAGCAGAUGACCCUGAAUAUUAUGCCGAGUUUUACAAGUUUCAUGGGUUUUUGGAGAAGACCUUCCCCUUGGUCCACAAGAAUUUGAAGGUUGAGAAAGUUAACGAGUUGGGACUUUUGUACACUUGGCAGGGUUCUGAAGAGGAUUUGAAACCUGUUUUAUUCAUGGCCCACCAAGAUGUGGUUCCAGUGAACAGAGUUACAUGGGACUCGUGGGAGUACCCACCUUUCUCAGGUCAUUACGAUGAAGAGACCGAUAUCAUUUGGGGUAGAGGUUCAAAUGACUGUAAGAACUUGUUGAUUGCAGAGUUGGAAGCUAUUGAGCAACUCUUGGACGAUGAUUACAAGCCAAAGAGAACCAUUUUGUUGUCCUUUGGUUUUGAUGAAGAGUCAAGCGGGCUCUUGGGUGCUCAGACUUUAGCACCUUUCAUCGAAAAGCGUUACGGAAAGGACAGCAUCUUUUCCAUUAUCGAUGAAGGGUUCGGAAUCGCUCCAGUGGACAAAGGUGUUUAUGUUGCUUCUCCAAUCAACGCUGAGAAAGGUUACGUCGACGUUAUUGUGACUGUCAAUGGUAAAGGUGGUCACUCUUCAGUUCCGCCAGAACACACCACCAUUGGUGUUGCGGCAGAUCUUGUCACUGUCUUGGAAGACCAUCCUUUUGACCCUGAUUUCCAAAUUGACAACCCAAUCUUUAGCUUGUUGACCUGUGCAGCUGAACACUCGAACAAGGUUCCUAGGCACUUGAGGAAUCACAUUAUCAAGGCGCCAAAAAGUAAGUUGAGUAGUAAGCUUCUGCAAAAAGCUUUGAUGAAGGAUUCGAGGUUCCGUGACUUGAUUAGAACCACCAGAGCUGUUGAUAUUUUCAACGGUGGUAUCAAGGCAAAUGCUCUACCUGAAGUAACCAGCUUUUUGAUUAACCACAGAGUUGAGAUUCACUCAUCUGUGGAGGCUACAGUGGACCAGGAUCUACAAUACGCCGAACAAAUCGCCAAGAAAUACGGUUACGGUUUGCACCACAAUGGUGAGUUCAUCAUUCCAGCUACUGAACUCGGCUAUAUCGACAUUAAGGUAGUUAAGUCCUUGGAGCCGGCUCCAGUCUCUCCAAGUUCGGGGCCAGUCUGGGAAAUUUUGGCAGGUACCAUUCAAAACGUCUUUGAAAAUGGUGUUUUCGUUAACCAAGACGAUGCUGAAUUGUAUGUCUCUACGGCCCUGAUGUCUGGUAACACUGACACCAGAUAUUAUUGGAAUUUGACAAAGAACAUUUACAGAUUUACGGCUUCUAUCGCUGACGGUACUGUGUUGAAGACAAUUCACUCUGUAAACGAACACGUCAAUGCCGAUAGCCAUUUGUCGGCCAUUGCGUUCAUCUACAACUACAUUGUGAAUGUUGAUGAAUACGCCAAGCAGUAA